GUAGUUUGGAAGGGUGCCAGCGUAUUCAUUUUUUGUGUGAAGUGCGAUCCCCAUCCUAUAUGAUAUGUGCCGAUAUUCUGUUGUUCCGUUGGGGUGUGGUGCCUAGAUUCAACUUGAAAUUUCUGCAAUUUUCCACUGGAAAUUUUUACCCAAACCGAGGACAUCUCUUUUAUUAGACUCUUGGACAUAUCUCAGGGUACAGGAUACGAGACAGACUGGAAGGAGUGUUUAUAUUUCCACGUUGAUAUUUUUUCAGAGGACUGGCCGUACAUAAAGCGGCUACGGAUUGAGGCCGAAACGAACGGUUGUACCAUUUCAAAAUGGGGUGCGCAACGAGCGCGGAAGAUAAAGCAGCCGCUGAGCGGUCAAAACAAAUCGACAGAAAUCUCCGGUUGGAUGGCGAAAAGGCUGCAAGAGAAGUCAAAUUGCUACUUUUAGGGGCUGGAGAGUCAGGAAAAAGCACAAUUGUCAAACAGAUGAAGAUUAUCCAUGAAGAAGGUUACUCUGAAGAGGACUGUAAGCAGUAUAAACCAGUCGUGUACAGUAACACCAUACAGAGUAUGAUCGCUAUCAUCAGGGCUAUGGGAUCCCUCAAAGUGGACUUUGGAGAGGGCGAGAGAACGGACGACGCCCGACAGUUGUUCGCCCUGGCUGGCCAGGCAGAGGAAGGUGAAUUGAGCCCAGAGCUGGCCUCCGUCAUGAAGCGGUUAUGGGCCGAUGGAGGAGUCCAAGGAUGCUUCAGCAGGUCUAGGGAGUACCAGCUGAACGACUCUGCCUCAUAUUACCUUAAUGCGCUUGAUCGAUUGGCCGCACCCGGCUACAUCCCAACACAACAAGAUGUGCUCCGAACGAGAGUCAAGACCACUGGUAUUGUGGAAACUCACUUCACUUUUAAAGAUCUUCACUUUAAAAUGUUUGACGUAGGAGGCCAGCGCUCUGAGAGGAAGAAGUGGAUCCAUUGCUUUGAGGGUGUGACGGCAAUCAUCUUCUGUGUGGCCCUCAGCGCAUACGACUUGGUACUAGCUGAAGAUGAGGAAAUGAACCGCAUGCAUGAAUCGAUGAAGCUAUUUGACUCCAUCUGCAACAACAAGUGGUUCACGGAGACCUCCAUAAUCCUUUUUCUGAACAAGAAAGAUCUCUUCGAGGAGAAGAUCACCAAGUCACCACUCACCAUCUGUUUCCCAGAGUACACUGGCUCCAACACAUAUGAGGAGGCAGCAGCCUACAUCCAGAUGCAGUUUGAGGAUCUGAACAAACGCAAGGAUCAGAAGGAGAUCUACACCCACUUCACAUGUGCCACAGACACCAACAACAUCCAGUUUGUGUUUGACGCUGUCACUGAUGUCAUCAUCAAGAACAACCUCAAGGAUUGCGGUCUCUUCUAAACAUCACGCCAAAACUCAACUUGGAAUUAUGAAAGCUUAUUGAAACUCAUUUGGGGCUAGCUUGCCAGAGAAAGAUACUACUACUUGGAUAGCAGGAAAAGUAAACGUCGGGUUCAAUGGUCAGUGGAUUUGGUCGAGCAUCCGCCACUGACGGUUGCCGUAGCGAGUAUGCCACCUUGGAUCAAGCCAAACUCACUGCAGGAUAUCCACGGCACCAGUCUAAUUGUCAUGCGUAAAAAAAAACAUGUGUUGAUUGUAGACUUGUACCUGAACAACCUUUGGAGAAGUUAUGGACUGGCGGUUUUUGUAUCUCCAAAAAAAAAGGGGAAAAAAAAAGGAGGUAAUUACUUUAAGUAAAUUAAAAGGGGGUAAAUUAAUGGUAACAAACAAACUGCACAAUCUUAGUUCUGAAAGUGGAUAAUGUAUCUGUGGACUUUAUUUCCGUUUUACUGCAUUUAAAGUGGUGUUACCUUCUCUCACUCAUUGCUAUUGUAUUGCACGAAUUAUGUACAAAAUCAUAACGGAGAGGUGUUUUUUUUUCAUUCCUGAAGUCUGAUGCCAUCUUGAAAAAAAAAAAAGGAAAUUGCAUUUCUACUCUUGUAUAUUGUAAAAGAAAGUGACACAUGUGAUGAAGAUCUCUUAGUUUGGUUGAAAAUGUUUAGCCUAUUAAAAAAAAAAAAAAAAAAAAUAUUGUCGUAGAAGCAGAGUAUAUUAAGCAUUUUUAAGUCAGCUGGUAUUAAAACAAAAAUUAAGAAGGUUGUUUCUGAAUUGUUAAAAAUUGUUGAUUCUGUGGCAGAAUCGUCGAGUGCGAGAGAGAAAGUGCGAGGUUAAAAAGCCAGAAUUGGUUUUAGUUUCUUAAAUUAAAAAGAAUUCAAUUGUUACCAUAUCUUGUUGCCUUUUUCCGUCUAUAGAAGCAGUUUGUAAGAGCCAAAUUCAAAAACAAUUUAGAGCAAUUUGUCUAUGAGGGUUGUUUGUCGGAAAUAUGCGAAAUGGAACAAUAGUUUUUACAAACUGAAUCUCAAGUAUGAUAGAAAUUUUGGCCAGUUGUUGCAGUCAAAAUUAUGAAAGAAUUUGUCAAAAAUGUUUGGGUUAUUUGUGUAGCGGAACAAGACAAUGACAUUUGGAUAAUAAUAUGGGUUUUUUUGCUAAACAUGUAUACAAAGUUAUGUUAUUAAUAUAAACUACACCUUUUAGAUUAAAAAUAAAAAAAUAAAAAUCACUCUAAAGGAGACAAAAUGUUGUAAGAAAUGAAUUGAAGGCACAUUGAUACCCAAGAAAAAAAGUUUUACCUGUUUUGCAACUUCUUGCUUUAAAUAAAUUUCAGUGUAUAGUGGAUAAACAUUUAAAAAUCUCCCGGCAUUUGUCUGGUGACCGUGACUGCGGAAAUCUCCAAUGGUGGUUUCUGGUAAAUAAUUAUGAUUAAUAUUAUUAUGAUAUAUUUUUUUUCUUCUGAACAGUGCUUUGUAUAGACAUUGUUUCGGAUGAUUCUUUGUCCCAAACAGCUCGUGACACUCGUGUUUUAGCAACCCCCCCCCCCUCUCAAUAGUCUUUUUUACUGACAGCCACAAUGUGUGUGUGCAUAUCGUGAACAAAAAUUAAUCCUACAUAUUAUUUCUUUGACUAAAAAGAAAAAAUAUAUAUAUUAAAAAAUUUGCACUGUGUACGAAAAAAAAAAGAAAAAAAAAAUCCUGAAAUUUGUGUAUUAUUAUAUAAAGUAUUAAAUGUUAAGUAUGAGUGCCUAUCGUCUCCCCUUACUGGUACCGAUGUAUAUGUAUCGAUAAGCAAAUAUCCCCCCCCCCCCCCAAACACACUAAUAAAACAAAACAAACUAUUUUGAGAUAGUAGGUAUAUAUGUAUACUAUAUGUAUAUAUCCACUUACUUCAUAGGAACAGAAACCCCAACUCAAGAACCAAUUUCUCAGUAGAUGAUGUCAAUAUUUUGAAAAGAAAGAAGGAAAAAAAAAAUCAAAAAUUGAAAAAAAAUAUUACCAGGGAACUUCAAUUUCAAUGUAAUGUAUUUAGCUGUUACUGUAGUUCAGGUUGGAAAAUCUUGCUGAAAUUUCAUCUUCAAAAUUAUUGUAUAUUAUUAUUCUUAUUAUUUGUUUUGGGUUUUUCAUCAUAAAUUUGCCAAGUCGUAUUGACAGAGUACAGCUAAACAAAAAGUGGAUUCAAUAUGUUUACAAUAAGAAAACAAACAACAAUCACUCUUAUAAACGCAACACUUUAUUUGACAUAAUGGUAUGGAUAGAUUGUACUCCCCUCUUGAUUUGUGUGCGGUAACCGUUGUAUUAAAAAAAAAUUGUGUGUGUAUCGUUUACUGCAUAAUGUCUGAUCCCUAAGGGGGCCCAAUUUCAUUGAGCUUACUAAAAACAGAAUACAUUUAAACAGGAAAUGUAGCCUAACAAUUUUCUACUCGGCAGAAAUGAGCAGGAUACCAGUAAUAAUUUGUACAUGUGACAUUUCCGGUAAUCUCAUUUUGGUAAGCAUAAUUUUGUUGUGCUUAGCAUCUUUCUUGUGCUUAAGCAGCUUUAUGAAAUUGGGCCCAGAACUGUCUGGUUGAAAAGAUGACGGUUAACAAAUAAUUUUUUUUAAUAUAGAUAAUAUUAAAGAAAAAAUAAGAUGUACAUUCAAAAAUUAUCCCACUCAUAUGUAAAUGUUUUGUCAUUUAUAUUGAUAAUUGAAGACAAUUCUCUUUAUGUCUUAGCGUUGUUAUUAAUCUAUUACCCGUUAUGUAUGUGCAAGAAUUAGUAGAUUAAAAAAAAGAUAAAAAGAAAAGCAGCAGCACUGAUCUCUUAUUGCAGGAUUACACCGUUUAAAUGACAUUCUAUCGAUGUGAAAUAUCAAAUAAGACUUUUAAAAAUAAAUGUGGUCUCAAUUUACUCUUUUAUAGGAUGAGAAUUCAGGACUUGUAAUAUUAUUAUCAAGCUAAAAACUGUUUUUAAAAGGAAAAAUUCAUGCUUAAAAAAGUAUUAUGCAAGGUAUCGUGUAUAAAAUAUAUCCAUAUUUGACACGGCUAGAAAACAAAGUAGAGUGUGUAUCGUAUAUUUUUGGUUCUUAGCACAGGUUGGUUGUUGUGUGUAAGAACUUGAAUAUAUCCGAUUCUAAUAGGCAGCUGAUGUUGUUACAAAUGUCAGUAUAAACAGACUACAGUUUUGAAUUUUGGUUUGUUGAAGAUGAAGAAGAAACAAUGCGCCUAGAAGUAGAACCUUGCUGGUUAGCUUGUAUGUUUUGCUAUAUUCACUCGUUCUUCAGCACAAUUUCUGGCUAAAGUCUGGUUGAAGUCUGCCCCAUAACUUGCUCUGUGUACAUCACUGGCUAACGAAGAAGAGGUAGUUAGAAAUUACAGCCCUUGCUUUUAUUGAAAAAGGAAGAAUUUGAAUUCUUCGGGAAAAAUGAAUAUAUGCACACUCCAGUACAGAGUGUCAUUUUAAGGAAGGAUGUGUGUGGUCCAUGAGCUGUAUAUUGGGAGUUACAACUAUUUGCGAUUAGAAGCAAUUUUGUUCCCAAGAAAUGCAUGGGCUAACACAGGGUGCCAGACUAGUCUGCCCAUUGGUUUGUGCUGCAUUUGGAGACAAAAUGGCAUCCA